GCGCUCUCUAGGGUUUUGCAGAGAAUCAGAAGCUAUUCAUCAAGAUGACUUUCAAGCGAAGGAACGGGGGUCGCAACAAGUAUGGCCGUGGCCAUGGCAAGUUCAUCUGCUGCUCCAACUGCGGCAAAUGCUGUCCCAAGGACAAAGCCAUCAAGAGGUUUCUUGUGAGGAACAUUGUUGAGCAAGCUGCUGUUAGGGAUGUCCAAGAAGCUUGUGCUUUUGACAGGUACACAUUACCCAAGCUGUAUGUGAAGAUGCAUGUCAUGCGUGCCAUGUGCCACAGUGAACAGUGA